UCCCUUCCCUUUCCUCUCCUUUUUGCUUCUUCUUCUUCUUCUUCUUCUUCUUCUUCUUCCUAAACCCAAAUCUUCUCUGUAAAAAACCCUAAACCCCACGAAAUUGAAGAAGAUGUCUGACCUUUCCUCCUCGUCUUCCUUUACUUCUUGUUUCCGCUCCACUACUCUACCCAUGGACCUUGACCCAUCAGCUGAGGAGUCACCGGCGGCGCCGCGUAACUCCGGCAGCACCAAUCUCACCACCUGCGUCUACCACACCGACCUGGGUGUCUUCGCUUUCACCUGGUGCAGCAACGUCGUCGGCAGAGCUCUCCAUAUCGACCUCUGCUUUGAUGAUCAUGACGAGGAUCUGUCCUCGUUCCACCUCUACAUCAAGCCCUUUCUCUUCUGGCGGAGACGCGGUUCUAAGAGAUUCAAUCUCAGUAGCCCAACAAGGAAGGUUGAAAUCUUUUGGGAUCUCACCAAAGUCAAAUUUAAUUCAGGCCCAGAACCCCAGUCUAGAUUCUAUGUCGCUGUUGUCAUCGACGGCGAGAUGACUCUUGUUGUGGGUGACUCCUGCAACGAAGCUUAUAGCAGAACCAGAGCAAGAAAGGCAGAAAGAAAUCAGGUUUUGAUUCUAAGGAGGGAACAUGUUGUGGGCAACAAGUAUUAUACUACGAAAGCUAGAUUUGGGGGUAAGAUCAGAGAUAUCUCCAUUGAUUGCAGAGUGGGUUCAGGAGAUGAGCCCAGGCUUUGUUUCAGCAUCGAUAGGAAGAGGGUUUUGCAGGUGAAGCGAUUGAAGUGGAAGUUCAGAGGAAAUGAGAGAAUUGAAGUGGAUGGGGUACCUAUUCAGGUGUCUUGGGACGUUUACAACUGGUUGUUCGAUGGUGCUGAGAAUGGGCAUGCCGUGUUCAUGUUUAGGUUCGAGAAAAUGGAGGAAUUGGAGGAUGAGAUGGUAAUGUUGCCGCAACAUCAACAGCAGCUGUGUGGUUUUGGGAUGAAUGGGUUCGAGUGGAAGAAGAUGAAGAAGAGUCUGUUGAAGACGGGGAGCUCGUCGUCAUCUUCGAUGUCUUCAGCUUCGUCUGGUUGCAGUUCUUCUGUGUUGGAAUGGGCCAGUACAGAGGAGAGCGAGUUGCAGAGUCCAUCUGGGUUUUCAUUGCUGGUUUAUGCUUGGAAGAAAUGAAAGGACCUGAUUCCAACUGAUUCUUUUUUUUU